GACACUCGGCAGCGCUCGGCUGUCUCCGGCCGCUCGGCUCGGCGCUCGGCUCGGGUCCGCGGCCGCUGCGGCGCGGGCAUUUCUCCGCAGCUCCCUGGCCCCGCGCCCGCCCGGCCCGCGCCCAUGCAGGCCAUCAAGUGCGUGGUGGUCGGCGACGGCGCCGUGGGGAAGACCUGCCUGCUGAUCAGCUACACGACCAACGCCUUCCCCGGGGAGUACAUCCCCACCGUUUUCGACAACUACUCGGCCAAUGUGAUGGUGGACGGGAAGCCGGUGAACCUGGGGCUGUGGGACACGGCCGGGCAGGAAGACUACGACCGGCUGCGGCCACUCUCCUACCCCCAAACCGACGUCUUCCUGAUCUGCUUCUCCUUGGUGAGCCCGGCCUCCUUCGAGAACGUCCGCGCCAAGUGGUACCCGGAGGUGCGGCACCACUGCCCCCACACGCCCAUCCUCCUGGUGGGCACCAAGCUGGACCUCCGGGACGACAAGGACACCAUCGAGCGGCUGCGGGACAAGAAGCUGGCGCCCAUCACCUACCCGCAGGGCCUGGCCAUGGCCCGGGAGAUCGGCUCAGUCAAGUACCUGGAGUGCUCGGCCCUGACGCAGCGCGGCCUGAAGACGGUGUUCGACGAGGCCAUCCGGGCAGUGCUGUGCCCGCCCCCCGUGAAGAAGCCAGGGAAGAAGUGCACGGUCUUCUAGCCCGGCCCGGGGACGCCCGCCCCCCCCCCCCCCCCCCCGUGUCUGCUGUUGUGUUGAGCUGUCCUGUGUCCGAGUCUGCUGUGGGGGGUACGGAGGGUGGGGAAGGGCUAGGAGCAUGGGGUGGGCCGGGGCGGUGAGGUUCAGCCUCGCUGACUCCUCUGUGGGGGCACGGCUCCAGCCUGCCCGGGCCCGCGGGAGGCUGGGAGGGAGCGGGGUCUCCCUCAGGCUGCAGGAGUGGGUGCAGGGCAGCCCCAGGAUGGGCUUCC